AUGGCGGAGUUUUUGUGGGAGGAUCGCGAUGUUCGAUUUGACAUCAGCUCACAUCAGAUGAAACUAAGACCUGGAGAGAAGUUGAUUGAUAGGCUUGAUGCUAUAGAAGAUACCAAAGGGAAUAAUGGUGACAGAGGCCGACUGAUUGUGACAAAUCUGAGGCUGAUUUGGCACUCGCUGCACAUGAGCAGAGUGAAUCUGUCGAUUGGGUAUCUUUGUGUCAUCAGCAUAUCCACAAAAACAGCCAAUUCUAAAUUGCGAGGCACCACUGAAGCGUUGUAUGUCCUGACCAAAUGUAACAAUACACGAUUUGAAUUUAUCUUCACAAACUUGAUACCGGGUACUCCUCGACUGUUCACCACUGUCAUAGCUGUACACAGGGCUUACGAGACGUCGAAAUUGUACCGUGACCUAAAACUGCGUGGAGCGUUGAUCUACAACAAGCAGCUGCGUUUGUUACCUCAGGAGCAAGUCUACAACACUGUAAAUGGGGUCUGGAACCUCUCGAGUGACCAGGGUAAUCUGGGCACAUUUUUCAUCACAAAUGUCCGUCUGGUGUGGCAUGCAAACAUUAACGAGUCCUUCAACGUCAGUAUACCUUAUCUACAGAUGAAAACUGUCAAAGUACGAGACUCCAAGUUUGGACUGGCCUUGGUGAUUGAAAGCUCACAGCAGAGUGGAGGUUAUGUGCUUGGUUUCCGUGUUGAUCCUGUGGAGAAGCUCCAGGAGACAGCCAAGGAGAUCCAGAGCCUGCACCGCGUCUACAGCGCCUGUCCUAUUUUUGGGGUGGAAUUUGAGCUGGAGGAGAAGCCACAACCUAUGGAGGAACUGACAGUGGAGACGAUCGCAGAUGAUGUGGAAAUAGAACAUGAUGGAUCAAGCGAUGCUUUCGCAGCGUAUUUUGCUGACGGAACUAAGGAAUCAGACCGUGAACCUGUGUACAAUGAAGAACUGGGAUUGGCUGUGGAGAAACUUAAGGAUGGGUUUACACUAUCUGGUUUGUGGGAAGUGCUGUCUUAGCUGUGCAGAAACUGAAGGAGGGGUUUACACUUUCUGGUUUGUGGGAAGGGCUGUCUUAGCUGUUCAGAAACUUAAGGAGGGGUUUACACUUUCUGGUUUGUGGCAAGUGCUGUCGUAGCUGUGCAGAAACUUAAGGAUGGGUUUACACUUUCUGGUUUGUGGGAAGUGCUGUCUUAGCUGUGCAGAAACUUAAGGAGGGGUUUACACCUUCUGGUUUGUGGGAAGUACUGUCUUAGCUGUGCAGAAACUUAAGGAUGGGUUUACACUUUCUGGUUUGUGGGAAGUGCUGUCUUAGCUGUGCAGAAACUUAAGGAUGGGUUUACACUUUCUGGUUUGUGGGAAGUGCUGUCUUAGCUGUGCAGAAACUUAAGGAGGGGUUUACACCUUCUGGUUUGU